AUGCAGGCAUCAUGUUAAAUGAGUCCGAAAUCGACCCCCAAUAAUAAAUAACAAUUCUAAACCUGUUUUGAAUAAUAUGACUCAGUGUUUUUAAGUCCUCAGACACAAACUAUCCAAUUACCCAAAUAUAAAGUUAGAACCCUUAAACCUAAAACAUUUCUUGAGGGAGAUCUUGCUAAGGUCAGUAAAUCAAGAAAUGUGCUCUCGAUGAACACCUAAGAAUGUAUCAAAUGCAAAAACGAGAAAGCAAGUAUAGCCCUAAAGUUGUGCCAAUGUCUAGAUAUUUAUUAUCAUAUCGUUUGUAUCUCAGAAUAUGCUAAUCUUCAUCCUAAGUUGGGACUUAAUUUGUUUCGAUGCUAAUUUUGUAAUGAUUACUUCCCUAUAUAAAUCAAUGAAAAGUAUAAUAUUUAUAAACUAUCAGACUGAGCAUGUAGAAUUUAAGCAAAAAAUAAAUGUUCGUGUUCUUAAUGAGCCUGUCUAUGGUGUUCUCAUUGGUUACGCUAGAAAUUGUGGCUCUCGCUCUGCUAGAACUAGAUCAGAUAUAUCUAAUUUUAUUAAUAAUACUAAUAGUUAUUGAAUUAUUAGUAUUAUUAAUAAUUUUCAGUAAAUUUUAUCAUUUAUGUUACUUAAUCGAAUAUGAUAUCAAAGAAUAUAAGCUGGGACAAGAAUAUAAUUAAACCUUAUUGGAAUCCUCCAUUCUCAAAGUAGUCAAACAACUCCAGUAUAAAAGAGCCAAGAGAGUAAUAUUUGAUUAAUUGAAUUGA